CAGAAUUGUUUGUUCCUUCUUUUGUCUUAUUCAACCAUAUUCCUUCACAGCCAAAAUCCGACACAACAUAGUCCAAUAGCCAACCUAGCUUCACCCAAUUGUAUGGUUUUAACCUAAUCUCAUAUUACUCGUGUUCUCAUAAUAUUUAUUUAUAUACUUGGUUUCUAAUUAAUCAAUCAACCACAUAGCCAACAUCUCUAUCUUUCUUCCUUGCAAUUUUAAUUCAAAUGGCCACUGCUCUCUCCGAAGCCUAUAGAGACCACCCUCUCCACCUUCAUCACAUCAUCCCCUUAGACUUUUCUUCAGUUAGGACCUUACCUGAUUCCCAUGCAUGGCCUCAAUCUGAAGAUGAUGAUGAUGAUGAUAAUCAUCAUCAUCAUGGAGCUGGAUCAUGCAUACCCAUCAUUGACCUCAUGGACCCAAAUGCCAUGGAACUCAUAGGCCUUGCUUGUGAGCAGUGGGGUGCCUUCCAAUUGAAGAACCAUGGCAUACCCUUGAGUGUUAUGGAAGAGGUUGAAGAAGAAACAAAGAGGCUCUUUGCUCUCCCCACCGGCCGGAAAAUGAAGGCGCUGAGAUCCACCGCCGGCGCAACCGGGUACGGCCGAGCUAGGAUAUCUCCAUUCUUCCCCAAGCACAUGUGGCAUGAAGGAUUCACCAUCAUGGGGUCUCCAUGUGAUGAUGCCAAAAAGAUAUGGCCUAAUGAUCAUGCACGGUUUUGCAACACAAUGGACAAUUAUCAAAAGCAAAUGAAGGUGCUAGCAGAGAAGCUAACACACAUGAUAUUCACCUUAAUGGGGAUCUCAGAAGAACAAAAGAGGUGGGUUGGUUCAACCAAUAAUAACCCUUGUGAAGCUAUUCAGCUAAACUUCUACCCUUGUUGUCCUGACCCUAACCGAGCCAUGGGUUUAGCCCCUCACACGGACACGUCCCUCUUCACAAUCCUCCACCAAAGCCAAACCAAUGGCCUCCAAAUCUUCAAGGAGGGUGCAGGGUGGGUUCCCGUGCACCCUCACCCCAACACCCUUGUUGUUCACACUGGUGACAUUCUCCACAUCUUGUCCAACUCGAGGUUUCGUUGUGCCCUACAUCGUGUCAUGGUGAACAGUGCCAGAAAGAGAUACUCCGUGGCUUAUUUCUAUGGACCACCGUUGGAUUAUGUUGUUUCACCUUUGGUUCUUGAUUCGUUGCCUUGUUUUCGGGCUUUGUCUGUGAAGGAGUAUGUUGGCAUCAAGGCCAAGAACUUUGGGGGAGCAUUGUCUUUGAUUAGAACACUUGAAAACUAAUUAGAAUCUAUUUGAAUACAAAUUGAAAGUAUUUUUAAGAACUUUUCUAUUGAAAAGGAAGAAUUAUUUCUAAUAGAUAAGUUUUCAAAAAAACUUUUAAAUUAAUAUUCAAAUAGAUUUGUAAGGUACAUUUUUCUUUGGUUCUUGCUCUUUUGUAUAUAGUUGAAAGAGUUAGUUAAACUUUUAAUCUUCUAUUAUCUGUUUUGCAAAUUUAACUUUUUUUUUCAUGAUUUAUUUUAUUAUUUUGCACCAAUAUCUUUAGGUAGGAAUGAUAAAAUGGGUUGUGACCUGCGGGCUGUCCUGUUAGCCCGCUAAAAAUUGGUGGGCCGAACCCAUCAUUUUAACCCGUCAAUCCGCCAAACCUGUCAACCCAUCGACCAAAUGGGAGGCUGGCUAGUCACAACUCGCCAAUCCGCAUAACUAAUUGAGCUUUAGUUACUUGUAUAAGUAAUGAACUUAUUUUGUAAACUAUCAAAAAAUUUAGAUUUUUAGUAAUUUGUAAGUUUAUAAUUUGAUUUUGAUUUUGGUGU